UUUUUGUCUUACUGUCUCUGAGGGAUCCAGGACUGAAAAGGCCUACCUAUUCCUCAUUUUUAGUUCAGUUGCCUCCAGCUGCAUCACUACAUGGCACAAAUACAGGGCCCUGGAAUCUAAAACAGUUUGCAAUAUUAAUCCUUGAAUAAUUAUUUUGCUGAUAGUGUCUGCAAUAUACGUGGAGAAACACUGGUAUAGUCAUGCAAUAAGUCAUCACAUGGCAAGGUUUUUAAUGUGAAACAUACUUCUCUUCUAAUUCUAAAGAUGAGCAAUCAGGAGGUGACUUAUUCAACCCUGAGAUUUCUUCAGUCUCCUUCAGAAUCACCGGGUAGAUCAAGGAGUGAUUCUACUCAGAGUCCUAGAAAAGCUGUUGACAAAGAGUUUUCUGUGCCCUGGAACUUUAUUGCAGUGACUCUUGGAAUUUUCUGUUUACUUUUGUUGACGACAGUCAUAGUGUUGGUGAUCAAGAUUUUUCAGUGUGUUCAAGAAAAACAUCACCAGCAGGAAAUUCUAAGAAACUUCAGCAAAGUGUACGACAUUAUGAAAAAUGACUACUACUUAAAGGAACAAGUUUGGAUAAAUAAGUCUUUAGAAUAUGAUAGUCUCAAAAAUAAAACCCUUCAUUUGGAAUCAAAUCAUGAGAACAAAUGUCAUAAGAAAAUUGAGAUCUAUUCAGAAUUUUUGCAAAAUAAAGGUUUGAUCUGUGAAGGCCACUGGUUCUGUUAUGGAGUAAAAUGUUAUCAUUUUACCAAGAAACAAGAAAAAUGGGAGGGAUGUAAGAAAACUUGCCAAGACAAUGGAUUAUCCCUUUUGAAGAUAAAUGAUGAAGAUGAACAGGCCUUCCUUAAACAACAGGCUUGUAAAAAUAAUUACUGGAUUGGAUUAUCAUAUGAUGAAUGUGAAAGGAAAUGGAAAUGGGUUGACAGUGACACAUCUUCUGGAAUUCAUCUUCCCAUAAUGAUGUCUCCUGCAAGAGGACAUUGUGUUUUUUUAUCUGCAACAAGAGAAGUCGCUAUUGAAUGCAAUAAUAGCUACAAUUGUAUUUGUGAAAAAAGACUGUAAAGUAUUUCAUCUGCUUUAAUGUGUGAUGAGAAUAAAAGUUAAACAUGGAAUAUUGUAGUUUUUGUUUGUUUACUGUCAUAAUUUGUGAUUACUUACAAAUAAAUGUUUUUGACUUCUGCUAUGGAAGCAGAGAGAGAUGAGCUGCAAGAGGAAGAAAAUGUUUUUUUCAUUACAUGACUAGGAAAUCAGAUGCCGUGUUUCUUUGUAGAAAAGAGAGGAAGAAGAGCCUGUCUGUGGAGAGCAGUUUCCCUUUUCUGUAAUGGCACUGAGGAUUUAUUCUUCCUUUCUUUUUCCUGAGACAUCCUUAGAACCAAUUAAAGAACCCUGAUAAAUAGGAUCAAUCAUUUCAAUGUCUUCUGGCUUUCAUGAUACAUUUAAGAACUAGAAUAUAGUUGUGUUUUGUUCACAUCUAAAGCUUACCUCAUCUUUAAAAUAUUUUUUAUUUUGUCAUAAAAUAUAAUUUUUAACAUACUGAAUAAUUGCAAGGAUAGUUCAAGGAAUUCCCACAUAACAUUCACCCAGAUUAUCAGUUGCAGUUGUUUAUAUUUUGCUUUAUGGUUUAUAUUCUACCCCCCAUCCACCUUUCUGUCUGUCUCCUUGCUGAUCCAUUUGAUAAUAAAUGCCAUCUUCUUCUUUUGUUCAAAUAUUUUUUAAGCACAAAAACUUGUCUUAUAUAGUAAUACUACAAUGAUCAAAAUCAGGAGAUUUAGUAUUGAUACAGUACUAUGAUCUAAUCUAUAAUCCAUGUUCAUAUUUUAUCAGUUGUCCCAGUAAUGUCAUUUAUAAGUUUUUUUCCUCCAUGUUCAGGAUCAUGCAGUGUAUUUAAUUGUGCUGUCAUUUAGUGUACUUAGUCUAGAACUGUUCUUUAGUCUUUUUUUUUCUUGACCUUGACAUUUUAAAAUCAACUUUUUUAUUUGUACUGUGCAUAUCAAAAAAUGCACCCACUGUAAGUUAAGAAGAAUAUAGGUUUUAACAAAUAUGUACCUCUAAUACACUAUCCAUCCAAGAUGUAGGACAUAUCCAUCACCUAUAAAAAGUUUCUGUCUGUCACCAUCCACCUGGCCCCAUGCAAGUGGUGAUAUGCUUUCUUCUACUGUACAUUAAUUUUGCCAUUCCAGCAUUUUAUGACUCAUGUACUCUUUGUAAUUGACUUUUUGCUCAGCCUGUGUUUGAAACAAUCUAUACUUUUUCAUGUAUUAGUAGUUCAUUCUUUUUGUUUGUCUAUUGUACUGAUAAACCACAUUUUUUUAUUCAUUCAUUGAUAAACAUUUGAUGUAGUUCCACUUUUUGGCUUCUAUGAAUAAAGCUGCUAUGCUAUGUACAUUUGUGUGCAAA